GCACGCACUUUUCAGCACCAAUACCUCGUGGAUAGCAGCCAAACGGAGCCGAGGGGGUAGCCGUUGUGGGUUAGCUUAGUUUAUUGUAACAAACAGACGACUUUGCGGUUUGCAACGCCGUACAACCGCUGCGAUCACGGGAAAACUUUAUUGGUAGUUCUGAAUCGACAAUAGGAAGAUAUAAAGCGGCACAGCCUGAGCUUUGUCUGCCCCGGCGGGCAAAUUGCGCCAAGAGCUGCAUCUCGGUUGACAGAAGCAAGUUUUUGUGGGUAGGACUCCCUUCAUUUUCGGUUCGCCUGUGUCGAUUUUGCGCGGUCUGGGUUCAUCUAACUGCGCCCCGGCAGGACUAAAUGGCUGCAAAUGAAGGCAAGCAAAGGUGAUAAAGAAGAUUAUUCAUCAUAGCCGGUUCGGCCCAGACAGCGGUUGAGUCGUGGUCCUGUUUUUAGCCACAUCACAGCCUGCUCGUACCGCUAGCUGCCGAGGUCUCCAUUGUGUGAGCAUCUCUGUGCUAUUCCGCUGCCGCCCGACCCCCGGAUCCCGCGCUACCACACACACACACCUGCCGCCUCCCACAGCCACUACUGUGUGUUUUCAGCCGGAUUUUUUGGGGUAACUUUUUAAAUCCACGCAUCCAAAAUGUGCUCUCGGGUUUGGUUCGUGACCGACCGGCGUAUCAGCCAGGAGUAUCCUCAAGUUCAGAUCCUCCGGGCACUGAAGGAGCGCUGCGCCGACGAGGAUGUUGAAUUCCGCUCUCUGCUCAUGGAUCAAAUCGUUCUUACGAUCAGCGAGGGACAAUUAGGUCUGCGAGUGGAUCAGGAAUUGGUGACAUCUUAUCCACAGGUGGUGGUGGUGCGGGUGCCCACGCCCUGGGUGCAGUCAGAUAGUGACAUCACUGUGCUGCGCCACCUGGAGAAGAUGGGCUGUCGACUGAUCAACCGGCCCCAGGCUAUACUCAACUGUGUCAACAAGUUCUGGACCUUUCAGGAGCUGGCCGGCCAUGGGGUCCCUCUACCUGACACCUUCUCCUACGGAGGGCAUGACAACUUCCGUAAGAUGAUUGACGAGGCAGAGCCACUGGGCUACCCGGUGGUGGUGAAGAACGCACGUGGCCACAGAGGCAAGGCUGUGUUCCUGGCACGGGACAAACACCACCUGACAGACCUGUGCCACUUGAUCCGCCAUGAUACCCCUUACCUGUUUCAGGAGUACGUCAAAGAGUCACAUGGCCGAGACGUGCGGGUGGUCCUGGUGGGCGGCCGUGUCAUCGGCUCCAUGUUACGCUGCUCUACUGACGGUCGCAUGCAGAGCAACUGCUCCCUCGGUGGUGUAGGUAUGAUGUGCCCACUGAGCGAGCAAGGCAAGCAGCUGGCCAUAGAGGUGUCUAACAUCCUGGGCAUGGAUGUGUGUGGCAUUGACCUCCUGCAGCUCAAUGACGGCUCAUUUGUGGUGUGCGAGGCCAAUGCAAAUGUGGGCUUCAUCGCUUUCGACCAGGCCUGUGGCAUGGAUGUGGCGGGCAUCGUUGCCGACUACGCCCUGUCGAUGCUCCCCAGCCGCCUCACCCGUAAAAUGUCCUUGCUGUCCGUCGUGUCGAGCACCAGCGAGACCAGCAGUGAGCCUGAGGUGUGCCCCGUGCCCACUGGCGGUGGCUCUCUGCCUGAGGCCGUCUGCAACAUGAGCGUGGGUUCAACUUCCAGUGAGAGCGACCCGGAGCUGGCCGAGCCCUCCCAGCCCUCGCCCCGGCAGUCCACAGCCCCCACCUUGCCCGAUCUCCCUGACCUCCCUGAUCCAGCUUACAACUUCAACACCCUCCUCGCCAAUGAGAUCAAGUUAUUGACUGAGUGAGAUUCAAGCGGCUUCAUGCACGCACAAACACCACAAAUACACAUCUAAAACACACAUACACACACCUGUACAUAUGGCAACAGACAUUCCUUUUAAAAACACAUAUCAAUCCAAAAAAUGUUAGAUGCAAAACCGUUCAGACACACUACAAACAUUACAAACAGACACAACCACAGAAAUACAAACACCAAAACACGACCCUUCUCCUGCUAACUCGCUCAAAAAAAAACACACACACAAAAAAAAAACACAAAGAUCUGAGGCUGCUCCCCUGACUCUCCCCUCUUUGCACCUCUACUCCCAAACUGCAAACCCCACAAUCCAAACUUAGCUUACACUGCAGCAUGGUGGUGAGAGUGGGAUAUAGUACACAAGAUAAUGCCUCUUCUAGUUUCUGUUUUGCAAAAUAGUAAGGGUGAAGGUUUUUGGGUGGGUGUGGGAUUAAUUUACAGGCAAACAUGUGACAUGUUUUUAUCCUCACAAUACAGUAACAACAUUUAAAAGAGAAUCUGUGCUGACAUAAAAAAAAGGGUUUCAUGCUGAGACUGUAGUCAGGUUUGGUGGAUUGGAGGCGAAAUGAAGUGUCUCCUUGGGAGAGGAAUACAUCCUCAUGUGAGGCACAUUAUACUGUCAGUUUAAAUGUAGCAAUGUGUGCUCCUGUCCCAGGUCACAGAACAGGAUGGAGACCAUCCCGCAGCAAGUGGAGAUGGAGGAAAUUAAUGUCAAAUUUCCAGCGAUUCAUUAUUCAUAAGGACUGAAAUGAGAGAUGGGUUCACUCUUCACUGCAUAACAUAUGUCAUAUAUUGUAAAUUCAGCUCAAACAGAAUGUAUACACAAAGUGUGUUUUUAUUAUUAUUAUUUUUUUUUUACCAGGUUAACACACAUAUCUCUAUAAUUAAAAUCAAUAAAAUCCCAGUUUCAAAUAGCUAAAGCUGCUACAUUAACAGUGAAUACGAGGCUGAUGUUGUGGUGUUUGAGUAAUUUACCUUUCAUGGAUAUAUAAAAAUAAUGUUUACUCAGAUUACAGACCCAUAGCACCCGAAAAUUAUCCUGGGUGCUAAGGUGGUGUCCAUAAAUGAAUUCUCUGUUCACUGUGAAUGAAGCAGGCUCAUGUUAAAUGCAAGCAAAACUGCCCUAAACCUGUGCAAGAUGGUAGAUAACAAAUAGCAGUUCUGUUGAAGAGUCACAUCCUGGAAUAUAAAAAUGAAUUGAGUGCCACCACUCGAUUUUUAAUGUUACACUCCUAGAUAGCUUGUUUGAUUAGCCUUACCAACAGCAGCAGUGUGCUGCUUUUUAAAAUUCAUUCAAUGUCUCGCACUUUAUGAUAUGAUACAAACCGAUGCUUUUUUUUUUUGUUACCACUCAGAUAACAGAUUUAGGAAACAUGAGACAGUGUGAAACCUGCGUCUACACCUGCAAGCAAAAUAUACCUCAAAAACAGUGACUUCUCACUGCCAUAUUCAGACAUACAGUACAUAUCAGCCAGGAUCCUUGUGGUUUUCAGAUGGCCCACGAGUUACCAGCUGUUCCCUUUUUUUAUGUCUUGGAACUAAAAAGAUUAUUGUGUAUUAUUUUUUAUUUCUCCCUAGGUUUUUGUAAAUAUUUAGGUAGUGAAUUAGCUUCAGUGCACACUAGUAUCUGGCUGAUGAAACUGGAACGGCUGAAGUAACUGCCAACAUUGAAAAAUUUCAUAAGCUAUUGUUGACAAACUCGUUUGUACAGACCUAGAAUAUUGAAAGGUUGAAAUUGAAAUUUGGUGCUAACAUUUCUGGAUUUGGUUAGAUGUGAUUUCUCAGUCAUGAUUUGUAGAUUUUACUUUUAUUGUUUUUUCACCUUGUUUUUUUUUUUGUUUUUGUUUAUGAUAAAAAUGAGGUAUCCUAACCCACAAAAUAUGUUGGCAUGAUGUACAAAUUAAAAAAAUGGAAACUAUAUUUUUGCAGUCUCUUUGAAUAGAAUGUUACUUUCUCUUUCCUUGGAAAGGCAAAAAAACAAAAAAACGGGAUUUCAGUGGCCAAGAGGUUACGGCUUUUGGUUUUCUGUUUCUCUUGAUUUACCUCCUGUGCGCCCUCUGAUAUAACUACAGGCUACACUGAGGCAGGGUACUCUGGGGUAACUGCCAUUGAUUAAGAAUAAUUUACAGAUCUGAUCAAGAGCACAAAAGUAAACCUUAAGUUUUUCUACACAGUAUUGUCCGUGUUUUUAGGCUUGUAACCCCUUCUGUUGAACACAACUCAGGGAAGCAGCCUGGAUCUCACCCCUGACCCCCAAAGGCACAACAUAUCCAUCCAAGCUAAACACACGUCAAAAACAUAUCACAUACCUACAGGCAGACAAAAAGACACACAAACAACAAUGAAAAAAAGGUUGUAAACAACAGUAUAAGACAAUGUGGUGUAUACCAUGGUUAACAUGCACUUUUUUUCCUUGCUUGUUUUAUAUUGUUCCUUGUUUUCUUCCUAAUUUAUGGUAUUUUUAAAGAAAAAGAAGUGGUUUGUGUGCACUAAUAUUGUCUCAAUAAAGUGAAACCGCUGUGAAGCUUGA